AAACGUCUCCAUGGCGACGGGUGUAAACAGCGGGUAUGGCGGCGCGGACAGCUCCUGCAUCUUCCUCUGAGACUCCAGAUUGCCAAACAGAGAUCAGUGGUCUGAAACACAUCCUGUCCAAGAAACAGAAGACUCCAUUUUCUCCUAGAUGUCAUUUGUCCACACGGCCUACAUUUCCAUCUGGGCAGACCAUCCUAAGGAACCACAAACCUUGCUGUGCCCCAGAGGAGCGACAGUCUAACAAUGAACAGGCCCUUCUCGCCAUGCCAAAGCCACGAUGCUUGGAGCAACUGGAGUCCUACUUAUGGAAAGAGCUGCAGUCUCUUGAUCAGUCUAAAAAGAUCUCCCAGAAACUGAAGUUACAGCCCUACAGAGAGACCUUUAAAUUCUUUAUAGACAACUUCAAGACCUAUAAGCCCUUGCUGUCAGCUAUAAAGAAUGAGUAUGAAGCUACUUUGGCUCAUCAGGAGACAACAAUUUGUGGCCUAGAGUUCCUGAAGCCUAUGGUCACAACUGUCUCUGAGGAGUGCACCCGGCAGAUACUGGCACUGCAGGAAAAGGAGAAAAAUGAAAUAAAUAUGUUAAAGCAAGAGAAACGACAUUUGUUAAAGUUCAUUAACAACAUGAAGGAAGAAAAGAAUUCUCUUCAGACUCAGGUAGAACAUCUGCAGACAAGCAUAGCUGAGGAGUAUGCUCCCUAUCUCAAUGAGUACGGUGCCCGCAAACUGCUUCUAGCAAAACUGAGUAAUAGGCAUAAUGAACGGCUGGACAUGACAUGUCACCAAACCCAAGAUGUAAAGGGUGAAGAUGUGGUGAAGUUAACUUUGGCGUUAAAGAUAGCUUGGCAGGACCUCACAAAAUCCCAGGUGAAGCUGAACACAAUGAUAGCAGACUAUGGAGAUGUUGUGCCCAGGAGAGAUUUUGAAUCACUGGAAAAAUACUCUGAUUUACUUCAGGAGAUGAAGGCUCUGCAGAAGGUCCAUAAGGAAUAUGAAACACUGCAGGCAGUCCACAGAGAGAUUGCAGAAGAGCGAGACUACUUCUGCGCUGAACUCCAGCGAGUUCAGCUCAACUGCACGCCCUGGCCUAACUGGGCAAAGUGUUCAGGUGCUAAAUGUAUUCAGCAAGGUGAUUCCUGGUGGGGCUGUCUGGCUGCGGGGAAGAGCAGCGAUCAGCUAGUGGACGUGCUUCUGUAAGAAGUAGGAACAGGAACGCUAGAAGAGAAAAAUGUCUUCCCUGGAUGGGGCAAAGGUGACAAGGUGCCUGGGUACCUGAGGCAUGAAGGUCAUGUCAAGAACAAAAAGCUGACUAAGAAGGAUGUGGUGAACACCCUAAAGGAUGCCUGGAAGGAGAAAAUUGCACUAGAACAACAAACGGGGAAGUGAUCCAGUCUUCCUGAGUUCUUUCUCGGUUACCUCCAGAAGUACGGAGAUGCCGCUGCCAUGGAAUGGUCUUACACCGUCUUCGAGAACAUGCAACUCUGUCAGUCAAACCAUGUCCUGAUCUCAUUCUAUGACAUACUCACCGGGAAGGUGGGUGAAGAACAGUACCACAACCAGAAUCAGCUGAUUUCCAACCUGCAAAAGGAGCUGGCUGCCUGUGACAGCUCAAACAGCGGAUCCCUGACCAGCAAGCAGUUCAGCAUGGCUGUGAGGGAAGCUUUCCCCCUGAAAAGAGAAGAGUCAAUCCAAGAACUAGUGGAUGCAAGCAGGUACAAACUGGACAGCUCUGAAGACCUCAUCGACUAUAUAUCCUUAUUCAAAGAAGAUGAGAAGGGGAACGCUGAAAUUUUCAUUGCAAAGCUCAGGAGCCAGCAUGUCAGGGAGAAGCAGGUGUACCUGAGACAGCUGAAGAACGAGCUGGGAGAUUUAACUGAGGUGACCGCAGAUGAUCUGAAAACCACGUUCUGCACCAUCAAUCCCGAUAUUGAUGAUCAGACGCUAGAUACCUACAUUGACCUGGCUUAUCAGGUGCCAAGAGAACAGCCAGACCAAGAAGUCAUCCCUGUGGAAACUGCACUUGAGAGACUCCUUGCUGGAGAUGCGAGACAAAUAGGGCCCUCUCCCCAGGAGGGAAGAAUGACAGGCUUUGAAGGAGAGUAAGGAGACUUCCAGUAUUAAGAAUAAAAGGACUGUUUGGUCUCCAGGUUUGGAUAUCAAGCUAAGAGUCAG